AAACCCUAAAACCCUUUCUCCUUCUUCCUCUCCCUCUCCUCAUACCCAUGGCCUGGCCCCACUUCCGCUUCUAAUUAACCUCCUCAAUUAAUCUUCACUGCGCUCAGUCACCGAUUCUAUCUGCUUCGAUUCUGGAGAAAGCUGCGGAGGUUUCAAAGCUCGGAGGUCCUUAACCAUGGCGAGGCUUCUCCAGAACGCUCUCUCCAUGAAACGCUUUCUUUUACCGCCGCAGGGAUACAGAAGAGGAUUACUAAGCAGUUCUUCUCAGUUCUGCAAUUUUUCUACUAAAGGUAAGAAGAAGUCAAAGUCUGAUGGAAGUGACUCGGGCGGAGAGAAUAUGUCCAAGAAGGAUUUGGCUCUCCAGCAAGCACUUGAUCAGAUUACGGAGUCUUUUGGAAAGGGCUCUAUAAUGUGGCUUGGUCGCUCUAGCGGUCCAAGAAAUGUUGAGGUUGUAUCCACGGGGUCUUUUUCUCUGGAUCUAGCGCUGGGAACUGGUGGCUUUCCAAAGGGACGUGUUGUGGAGAUUUACGGUCCUGAGGCUUCUGGGAAAACUACUCUCGCUCUACAUGCGAUAGCUGAAGCACAGAAACAAGGAGGUUACUGUGUUUUUGUUGAUGCCGAGCAUGCUCUUGAUCCUACACUGGCUCAGCGGAUUGGGGUAAAGACUGAGAAUCUACUUCUAUCGCAACCUGAUUGUGGAGAGCAGGCCCUCAGUCUUGUAGACACUCUAAUCAGGAGUGGUUCAGUUGAUGUUGUUGUUGUUGACAGUGUGGCCGCCCUUGUGCCUAAAGGUGAACUUGAUGGGGAGAUGGGUGAUGCUCAUAUGGCAAUGCAGGCUCGGUUAAUGAGUCAGGCGCUUCGCAAAUUAAGUCACUCUUUAUCUCUAUCCAAGACAAUAUUAAUCUUUACAAAUCAGGUCAGGUCUAAGCUUUCAACUUUUGGAGGAUUUGGUGGACCUCAAGAAGUUACAUGUGGUGGCAAUGCUUUGAAGUUCUAUGCCUCAGUCCGCCUUAAUAUUAGGAGAGUAGGUUCUAUCAAGAAGGGUGAGGAGAUAGUAGGGAGUCAAGUUCAAGUGAAGAUAGUGAAAAACAAGCUCGCUCCACCAUUUAGAAAUGUUCUGUUAGAGCUUGAGUUUGGCAAGGGUUUUAGUCGUGAAUCAGAGCUCAUCGAGUUGGGAUUAAAAAACAAAUUCAUCAUAAAAGGUGGUUCACAUUAUAAUUUAAAUGGUCAAAACUUCCAUGGCAAAGAUGCUUUGAAAAGGUUUUUGUCAGAGGAUGACACUGCUAGGGAAGAACUCACAUUGAAGUUGAGGGAGAAGCUAGUUGAUGCUCUGGAAGACAAGGAUCCCGAAACAGAACCUUUGGAUGAAAGUUCAACUGAGGAAAUUGUUUCACCAGAUUCUACUGAUGAAGAUGCGGUUACAGCAGUUGGAGAGUAGAGUGUUCAGAUGCCCUUAAAAAGUGUAACUUAACCUCUUCAAGUAAUGCUCGAGGAGCUACUGCAUCAUUCUCCUGCUGGCUCGAGUAGAGUUGUCAAGAAGCCUAUGUUUCAGAGUUCAGACUCGCUCCCCUUGUAUAUCAGUAUCGUUACUAAUCACUAUAUAGGGCAUUAGGUCAUGGGUGUAGUGAAAUUUUGUGGACCGGGGCAAUUUAGAGGAUGCAUGUCUUUCGAAAAUCUGAAUUCACCUUGGUGGUUAUCAAGUGUUCAGCUGUAUGCUGUAGCUAUGAUCAAUUCUCUGUAAUUUUUAGUAAUUACUAGCUCUACUGUACUACAU